AUGGGACGUGAUAUAGUCGGUUUAGAUAAUGUCUACGAAAAUAAUCUCGGUGUAGUAGUCAAAUUAGCUGCCAUUGAAGAAAACUUGACAUUCCCGGAAACAUUCUUCCAAGAAUUAUUCCCAAAAGGUAAUGCCAAGAAGGAAACCUUUUUCACUCAAUUGGCUUAUUAUAGUGAAAUUCCUGUCGGAUGUGUAAAAGCAAAGCUUUUCCCUAAGAAAAAAUCAGAUAUUUUCUUGAAAGGUGUUCAUAUUGAGUUUAUGACAGUAUUGGAACAAUAUAGAGGGAACCAAAUUGGUACUAAAUUAUUGAAUUAUAUAGAGGAACAAUGUCAAUCACAUCAUCAACAUAAUGUUUAUGUACAUGUACCCACUGAUGAAACAAACAAGAUUGAAUGGUACAAGAAUCAUGGAUUUGAAAUUGAUACCGAAGUUUCUCCUUUACAAGAUUUUUUUAAAGAUUUCCAACCAAAAGGUUCUGCCGAUGCCGUUUUAUUAAAGAAACACAUUGCAUGA